AUGGCGCCCGAGAACGCCGCGUCCCCUUCCGAGCGCUUGCCCCGGCUCAACGUGGACGAGCACCUCGAGCCGGACCCGAAGUCGACCAAGACGUCGUCUCCCCAAAAGGACAAAGGCCAGCACCUCCAAGACGAGCCUAGCGACGACGCCACCAAACUCUCCAAGGCCCGACAGUUCCUCAAUUGGGUGCAACAUCUUCGCGAGACCUUCGGCACUGCGUUCCUCGUGCUCAUCACGGUCGUGUACGUGGUGCAAGGCUUCUCGAGCUUCACCGCGCUGGCCGUCAACUACUUCUUCAAGGACCAUCUGCACCUGCACCCGACGCAGUCGCAGCUGCUGCAGAUGCUCAUCAAGGUCCCGUGGAGGGUCAAGCCUGUGUACGGCAUCCUGUCGGACAGUUUGCCGCUCUUUGGCUACCACCGCAAGUCCUACAUGAUGCUGUGCAGCGUCCUGCAGACGGCCGCAUCCCUCACUAUGGCGGUGCCCGACCUCGUCACGACGCCGGCCAUUGCGGUGCUCAUGCUCAUGCUGCAGAGUCUGUCGGUGGCUGUGAUCGACGUGGUGAUCGACGCUAGAGUCGUGGAGAUCUCGAGACUGGACCCCAUCAAUGGGCCGAAUGAUCUGCAGUCCUUGUCGUGGAUAGCAACGUCACUUGGAGGAAUGCUCGGCGCCUUCCUGUCUGGCCCGGCGACGGACGAUUUAGGCGUGCGUGGGGUCUUUUUAACUGCUGCACUGGGUCCGAUCACCACGUUGAUGUUCUCCAUGACUAUGGAGGAGUCCAAGAGCACACUGAGCAAGCGCGACUUUGUGUCUUCAGCGUCGAAGCAGUUGAAGCAACUCAAGACUGCUAUUUGCACCCCCGUGGUCUGGAUGUGCGCGCUGUGGGUCUUCAUCUCGCACGCCAUCAGUCCUGCGUACACUCAAGUUCUGUUCUUCUUCUCGACGGACGUGCUGCACUUCACUCCGGAGUUUUUGGGCACGGUGUCGGCCAUCGGGUUCAUCUUCCUCAUGGUGGGGACCAUGCUGUACAACAUGUUCUUCACCAACGUGUCGUUCCGCCGCAUCUUCAUGGCCGCGCAGCUCUGUCUCGCUCUGGUGUCGCUGGUGGAUGUUGUACUAGUGACGCGCACCAACCUGAAGCUCGGGAUUCCGGACAAGGCCUUCGUGCUGGGCGACCACGUGGUCGCAGACGUCAUCGGCCGCCUCAAGACUAUGCCGAUCAUGGUUCUGUGCGCCAAGUUGUGCCCCAGGGGCAUCGAGGGCACGCUGUUCGCGCUGCUCAUGUCCAUCUCCAACCUCUCGUACAGUGUGAGCGAGUUCUGGGGCGCCUUCGUCUGCGACUGGAUGGGGAUCACGCAGGACCAGUACGAGAACCUGUGGCUGGCCAUUGUGCUCCGCAGCGCGCUCAAGGUCGUGCCGAUCUUCUUCCUCUUCCUGAUCCCAUCCACGGACCCGCAGGAGAUCAUCGACAAGCUGGACUUCAGUACUCCAGCGCAUACGGACCAGGAAGACGAUGAAGAUGAUGAACACUCCGGGACGAUCCGAGAAGAUCACGCAGUGGACACGUGCUCACCCUCGGAACAAGUCCUGCUGAAGGGCACCGCCGGCUCCGUCGUUUAA